AUGACAUUUGGACGGUGCUUUCUAAAGUACCCGUAUCGGCAGAUGCUGACGCUUGAGAACGACAGCAAUCUCCCAGGCUGCUAUGCAGUUCUUCCUCAGGAACACAAGAAGGAUGCUCCUGUGUGGUACUCCAGCCCCACGCCAUGCGGGAUUAUCCAGCCUCGCAGCUUGGUGGAGGUCCCGGUUACACUGGAAGCCCAGGUGACGGGAGCACAGGACCCAGUGGCUCGUGUCGCGGUGUUUGGGAGCGAAGGAUCCCCGCUGGCUGGCAAACGCUCGCGCUGGAGGAUUGAACCCAGUAAAGGAGUGAUCCCCCCCGAGACGGAGGUGUCUGUAACCAUCAUCGCAAACUUGGACGACACGGAGAAAUUCAGGGACGAGGUGAACCUGUUCAUAGAGAACAGCCGUUCCUAUGUCAUCCCCGUCCGGGCUGUCGGCAUUGGCACCACCAUUGUCACCGACAAACCCUUUGGUCCGGAGCUCAACUUGGGACGCCACUUCAGCCUGGACCCCUGCUGCUACCACUUCAAGAUGACGAAUAAAGGGCGACGCACCCAAUACCUGUAUUGGACAACAGAAGGUUUCAGCCCAUUUCACCGGCAUCGUCGUCUCCCUGCCAUUGGUGCCACCAAGGGCAAAGAUUCCGCCCAGAACCCCAAACCUGCCUGCCCCGUGUUUAAGCUUCGGCCUCUGAGGAUGGAGCUGAUGCCGGGCAAGACUGUGGAGAUGACGCUGGAAGGCUUCUCCAGCACUCCGCAGGUGGUGAAGGAGCGGCUGCUGUGUCACGCCAUGGUGGGGAGCAAGGCAGGGAAGGCACAGAUCAUGCAAGUGGACGUCACCUGUGAGUUCGUUGCUCCCAUUCUGCAAAUAUCCUGCAGAGAAAUCACUUUCCGGGUGGAGAAGCAACCCAGUGAUGUCCUAACUCUUCAGUACCAGCCUCUUUCAUUAAAAAACAUGUCCUCCCUGCCACUCAGCGUUGUCCUGGCCUUGGAGCAACCCUUCGUGAUCUGCGAUGCGGACCGGCAGCCCCUCCCCGCAGAUGUUCAGCCCAUGAAGCUGGAGAUAGGAGAGGAACUUCAUCUCUCCAUCAGAUUUAACCCUGCUUAUGAAGAGGGUUUGAAUAUCUGGGUAGCAGAGAAGGCUCUGAAGAUACGCUUUCUCGAGCACCCUCAGGAGGAGCAGGUCACCGUUCGGGGAGAAGUCUACUUCCCCAAUCUCCAUUUCCCGACCAUGGCCGUGGACUUUGGGUGCCUCUUGAAUGACACCGAAGCUGUGCGUUAUGUCAGGAUGACAAACUGCAGCCCACUUCCUGUCCGGUACCACUGGUCCUUCCUGAUGGACAGCCACGUGGACCAGAUGAGGUUCAGCCCUCCAGCACCUAAAUUUUUCAUCAAAGCCCAACCACCUAAGAAGGAGGGAGGCCGGUCGGCGUGCUCAGCAUCUGCAGAGAGCAGCUCCAGGGACGGGGGUGCGGAGGAGCCAGCCGAAGCCCUGGCAGCAGCAGUGGGGGAUCCUGCCCAAGAGCCAGCAGCUGGAGAUGACUCCCUGGAAGCAAAGUUGCUGCCGUCCACUGCUGCGGAGCUGGAAGGUACUGCAGAGAUGGAGGGUGCUGCGGAGACUCAGAGCCGGGUGAAGAUCAAGGAGUUGAUGCCGUUCACGGAGGCAGAGCCCCUCACCUUGGGAGUGGAGGAGGUUUUUGACAUCCUGCCGCUGUACGGUGUGCUGCAGCCGGGCGAGAGCCAGCGGGUCACAUUCACCUUCUUUGGCCACGCAAACAUCGUGGCCAGCGUCACGGCACUGUGCAAGGUGGAGGGAGGCCCGACCUAUGAGAUCGCGCUGAGUGGGGAGGCUUCGCUCAUUGACUACCUCCUAGACACCACGGAGAUCGACUGCGGGCUGAAGCUGUUUAACAAAGUCACCAAAGCAGAGGUCACCCUGCAGAACAGCGGCAAGGUGGGCUUCACCUUCGCGGUGCUCAGCCCCAGCGCGGCCACUGCCAACAGCCCUCUGCCCGGCGUGCCCCUGGUUGUGCCCAGCACGGAGUGCCGGGAGUCUUUUGCAGGACUUUCCAGGUCCAAGUGGGUCACCUGGAGCCGAAAGAAAUCUCCCUCAAAGGAGAGGGCAUCUUUCCCAGGACCUACUUGGACCUGCCCAAGAACACCAAAGGAAACAAAAAGUAUGAGAAGAUCCUCCGAGGUGACAGCAAAGGUGGAAGACGACAGCCAGAGGGUCGAAGCAGUGGUUCUGGGGGAGCCUGCAGCCGUGGAGCCACCCAUGAACGACUCGGGCACCGUGUUCGACACUCGGCUGCAGAUGCAGAUGGAGCAGGUGCUGAUGGAGGAACACGCCCUGGAGCAGCAGAAAGCUCUCGCUUCCGGUCCCUCUGAGGAGACUGCCUUUGACCAGCGUGCUCGUCGGAGGCUUCUCAAAGCUGAGCUGCCGGAGGAGUAUGUCCUGGACUUUGGCUAUGUCAUUCUCAGGAACAUCCACACACACGUCAUGAAGAUCACCAACACCAAGCAGUUCCCUGUGUCCUUUCACACCGACGGACGUGUCCUGUGUGACACAGGUUUCAGCGUAGACCUGGACCGUGUGAAGCACCUGCCCUGCUGCAAGACCAAGACAUUUGAAGUGCGCUUCGACCCACCAAGUGCCAAUCUGCCACUGGGAGCCGUGGACGUGCUCCUGCCCAUCAAGGCAGCAAGAGGCCCCACGUUUCACGUCCACCUCCGUGCCAACGUGACUGUGCCAUCCCUCUGCCUCUCCAGGGACAGACUGGAGUUCUCCGCUGUCCAGUGUGGGCAGUGCCAGGAAGAAACCGCCCAGCUCCACAAUCAGCUCCAGGUCCCCUGUAAAUGGUUCAUCACCAUGAAUGAGCCUGUUAAGAAGGUGGACAAACGUUUGCCAGCGAGGGUGCAUCAGAAGCUGCUGCAGGAGUCGAAGGCCAAGCCCUGUGUUUUCAAGGUGCUGCCCUCGGCUGGAGCCCUGGCCCCAGGACAGCACUGCAACGUGCAAGUCAGGCUUUCCCCCCCAGAAGAGAGCCAAGCACUGAGCAUAGAGGAAGACCCUUAUUUCUAG